CUGAAGUCCCCUUGCGUCCGCGCUCCACCAUGAUGCUAUCUAGACCGGGAGUUAGUAUUCGAAGGUUCAUAUCACAAAGACGAGUUCAGGAUGAAUAUGAUGACGGGGUUUCCGUUGGCGCCGACAGGCUGGGUAACAAAGCGGGACGGAAAGACACCGGCACUGCUAAGAGGCGGCCCUACAGUAAAAAACGAGCGCCGCCGCCGAUUAUAGUUAGCAGGGAACAAAGUAUUCAUGACAUCUUGGACCCUUUACCACCACUUCCAUCAUACGAAACGCCACGUUCUUCAGCUAGUUCGUUAAAUAGUAGCGACCGCCAUAACGACUAUAACUUAUCACAAUCAUUCGAUUCAAAGAGGUCAAAGUCGCCGCUUUGUUCCAUAUCUUCAAAGGAGGGCCAUAGUCGAGAAUCUCUCCAACUCUCUAGCGCCACGAGCUACGGAGGCGAUGACUUCCCCCCCAGACCUCCACCUAAGGGCCACGGAAGGUCUUCGGAAUCUCUGAGGCGCUAUGCUGAUUUGCCAGGCUCGAAUUUCGAUCUGACAGAAGCUUUAUCCUACCAAUCAGAUAACAAAGCACCGGCAUCAAAGCAGCACGUGCGACAAUCAGAGUCAUUGUCGAGUAUCUCGGAUAACAUUCAACAACUCAUCCAAGAGGCAGAUGAAGCAUUCAGAACUAUCAGCGCCCUCACCGAAGUACGAAUUUCGGAAAACGCAAACAACGCAAAUAAUCCGAAUAAUACAAACAACACAAAUAACCAGAGUAACACAUUUAAAGAAUUACCGCGCAUACCUACACCUGAUCAAUCGCCGAUAUUGAAGCCGGUGGCCCUUGUCCCUAAAAGCAGAUCGCAGAACCUGCCACUUCAAGUUGUCACUUCACCACCUCAAUCGCCUAGACGAAGUUCAACCGCGAGCACUGGGGUCAAGAGGAAGAAGUCUAAGAAGUCAAAAACGAGGUCAAUGCGGCCGAGCCGGAAACCUGCCGCCGCCAAAUCGGCGGCAAAAAGUGGACCAGGAUGGGCACUGUCGGAUAAUGUGACGGAGCUAUUCAGCGGGAAAUUCUUCCGAAGGGUCGAGGUGGAUGAAAUGCUUACGCCGGGUCAGCUGGAAGCGUACAGACUGCGUAGGAUGUCGAUAAUGCAAUCGGAGAAAUCGACCGAGACCCUUGAUACUGAAGCGAGCGAUACACCAAUUGAGCCAUUUCACCUUGACGAUCUUCCCUCUCGAAUCAAAUCUGCUAGCGCAGAACUCGACGUCGAGACACCGACAGCAGAAAGACCUAACCCACCAGAUUUCGAAACCGUUGUACGCCGCGACUUUGCGCUAGAAGGGCGCAAUGAGGAACAAAAUUCCAAUAAGUCGGCGGCAUCGCGGAUGGACAUCGGAGAAGAACCGAUGGAAUAUAAAGAUGCAAUUUUCCCUACACCGCCGCUAAGGCACUCCUCGCGAUUUUCUAGGAGAAGCCAGGGCACAUUACCUAGUAUACCAGAGUCCUCAGCCGUCACUACACCAAGAGACAACCUCUAUAGCCAAGGUCUAGGAAAUUCCCGAGAUCUCGUGGCUGACUCAAAUUAUGUUUUCCUUCAAUCAUCACCAUGCUCUUUGACCAGUCCCAUUUUCCGACACGGGCCAAUCCGACUAGCAAAAUGCGAUCUUAUAGCAGACCUGAAAGUCGGGGCGGACGAAGGAUUAGACUGGACGGCAUUCCAAAUGGCCAUUUCCGGGGGCGCCGGGGAUUGGUUCUCCGAAAGUGACGACAUAAUUCGUCGCAGAGAGGCCGAGGAGGUCCAGGAAUUGGUCGAUUGGUUUGAUUCGUGGAACUUUAGCCGCCCUGGAGGCCUCGUCAAGGACUACGAAAUUCCCAGCCCUACGAGUACGACGUCGGGUGAAGACUACUCAGACGUGUCAUACGGUGAGAUCGAGAGGGACAAUCCAUAUAGCCCCCACCACCGAUGGCAGCAGUCUCAACGCAGGAUGGCGGCCGACAAUCGCCAAUUAGACCGCGAUAUGUCCGGACUCGAGCUAGAUACUGCGAAAAUGUUUUCUGAUGAUUACAAAAGCUUCGAUGGCCGCGAGAGCUACGCGAGUCUUCCCCAGAGCCCAAUGCUAGACCUUCGGGUCAUUCGAAGCCCAGAAGGGGACGAUGUAGAUGUCGUCCCAAUGGGUUACAAUCUCGGACACGACCUAGGAGAUUUUCUUAAAUGGGAGGCAGAGCAUGCUUAUGCUGGUGAUUUUUACAGUUAACAAGCUAAGGCGUUAUUUUGGGUUUGGACUUUUGAAUAUUCGUAUCAUGAACAAGGCGUAUCCAUAUGUUUGCAGGGAAAUGCGAAC